AUGCCAACCUGUCACGCCUUUUCAGAAACUCCAUAUGCCGCUGAUCAGAGCGCUUCAUCAUGGCUACUGGGCAUCAAUGCUAACCAUAAUCUUAUCUUGGACCUUGAUCCACCCAAGUAUGAUGCUUUUCUCCAAACAUUGAUUGAAUGCCUCAGAUACUCUCCUUUGGCUACUACACUAUCGAAGACAGAGAAUGUUCAUUUGGCUCUUCUAUCCAAAGCUUACUCUACUACUCGUUAUGAAGAAAGUGGUGUUGUUAUUAAUUUCGAGCAUGGAGGAGAACUGAGGAAAACUUAUUGUGGUGGCAAAGCAACUGAUGGUGGUGAUGAUCACGAACAAAACCCAAAGUCUAAUGAUCUAAAGGACAAUGUAGCUUCGACAUCAAGAGUAAAAGAGAAAUUGUCUACAGAGUGUAUCUUGAAUGAAGGAAUCAAUAAUCCAAGUGUUUACUGGCGAGAGCUAGUUACUUCGUUUGAAUUCGAAAACACUUUGGAUUCACAACUUGAUUUUCCCAUGACUUCGAAGGUGUUCUUGUUUUGCAUUUUGGACAGAGCUGAGAAUGCUCUUGAGUCUGAUAACAAUGUCAAUUUGUUGCUUAUCUCGUUUUAUCUCAAGUACAUGAAGCCACAGUACAAAACAUGGAGUUCAAAGAAAAUAACUGUUGUGAAGGUUUAUGGACCCAUUGAAAACAAAAGCUUCCUGAAUGCUCAUUUCAAGGUUACACAUGGAGCUGUGAGUUCAGUGUUUGAAUUUACACUCACUGAUUUUCCGUGUUUGAACCCAUUUGAUUGGAUUUCUCUACUGCUUCUCUUGCUAAAGGAUGAAAACAAAUUCGAACCACUUGUGGCGUAUCUCAAAAGGUUGUUGGUUAGUUACAUCCAAGAAAUUAGGAAGAUGGAUGUGGGAAUCGUGAAUGUCCUUCGCAAGAGACCUACAGUGUUUCCUAAGGAGCCUCUGAAAGAUCUUAACAAGAUGAAACUGGGAAGUAUACGAAAGGAUGAUUGGAGUGUGGCAUUUCAAAUAUGA